GGAGACAGGAGAGCCAGACUGACAGACAGCCACAGAUAAAUGGAAAAGAUCUUUUCUCUUUUCUGAGUUUGGGCCUCUCAGUAGUUUGUUGGAGCUCCACUGGCAUGUAUUCAUUGAUGCAACCCUACAAGCAGCAGCAGCAGCAGCAGCAGCAGCCUCUUCUUCUAUCACUCAUCCCAGCUGACAUCUAAUCCAGGAUGAACCAUGGAGACCGAGGGAUGGGCGCCUCUCACCUUCGCUAUGAGGAGGAGGAGGACCAUCAGUCCAUCUACAUUGGCGUCCCCGUGCCGCGAGGCUACCGACGCAAGCGCAGGCGAAGGCGCUCCAGCCGCGAGGUCCCUGACGUGGACGUGGACGUGGACAGAGACAGAGACAGACGCUACAACCACCACAGGCACCGCGAGCACGACCAGUACCGAGACGUAGACAUGGAGGAAGGACUCGUGGAUUUGAACGAGCAGAGUCUCCAAGACAUCAACCGCACAAUGUCUCCAGCUGCAGAGCGACUGCGUUACAUCCUGAGUGAGGACGACGACAUGCGCACGCCGACUCUCUUCACUGAGAUGGACACGCUGCAGAGGGAAGGAGACGAGCUGGAGUGGAAGGAGUCUGCCAGGUGGGUGAAGUUUGAGGAGAAGGUAGAAGAGGGCGGCGAGAGGUGGAGUAAACCCCACGUGUCCACGCUGUCCCUGCACAGUCUCUUCGAACUCAGGACGUGUCUCCAGACAGGAACGGUGAUGCUGGACCUGGACGGCUACUCAAUGCCUCAAAUAAUUGACCACAUCAUUGAGAGGCAGAUAGAGGAGGGCAUGAUUUCCCCUGACCUGAGAGAGAAGAUCAGUUUUGUCCUGCUGAGGAAACAUCGGCACCAGACCAAGAAGCCAAUCCACCGCUCACUGGCCGACAUCGGCAAGUCCAGCUCCUCCACCAAUCGAAAUGUAGGUCCUCGAGGUGGACCAGGACCAGGACCGGGGUUAGGCCCGGGGCAAAUGGCUAACUUUAACCGAUCCACAGAAGACCUGAGAAUGAAACAGCAAUCUGCCAACUAUGGCCGCCUGCGUCAUGCUCAGAGUAGAAGUAUGAAUGAUAUCGCAGACACUCCCAGCACAGACCAGCUGAAAAACAAAUUCAUGAAGAAGAUCCCUCGAGACGCAGAGGCGUCCAACGUCUUAGUGGGUGAAGUGGAUUUCCUCAGCAAACCCUUUGUCGCCUUCGUCCGCCUGGCCCAGGCCACAACACUAGGAGGACUGACCGAGGUCCCUGUUCCCACCAGAUUCCUCUUUAUUCUCCUGGGGCCCCAAGGAAAGGCCAAGUCGUAUAAUGAGAUCGGCCGAGCGAUAGCAACCCUAAUGGUGGAUGACCUCUUCAGUGACGUCGCCUACAAGGCCAGAGAUCGGGAAGACCUCAUCGCGGGCAUAGAUGAGUUUCUGGAUGAAGUGAUUGUGCUUCCACCUGGAGAAUGGGAUCCUAAAAUCCGCAUUGAGCCGCCAAAGAAAGUCCCGUCGGCUGACAAAAGGAAGUCGGUGUUCUCCCUGAACGAGCUGGGACAGAUGAACGGUGCGGCUGGAGGAGGAGGAGGAGGAGGAGGAGGAGGCCUGGCCGAGGACGAGGAGAUGCCAGAGCAGCACGAGCUUGGAGAGGAGCUGGCGUUCACUGGACGCUUCUGCGGGGGCCUGUACCUGGACAUAAAGCGGAAACUGCCAUGGCUGCCGAGCGACUUCUACGAGGGUUUCCACAUCCAGUCCAUCUCUGCCGUGCUCUUCAUCUAUUUGGGCUGCAUCACCAACGCCAUCACGUUUGGCGGCCUGUUAGGAGACGCUACAGACAACUACCAGGGUGUGAUGGAGAGUUUCCUGGGCACGGCCCUGGCCGGCUCUGUCUUCUGUCUCUUCAGCGGUCAGCCCCUCAUCAUCCUCAGCUCCACGGGACCCAUCCUCAUCUUUGAAAAGCUCCUGUUUGAAUUCAGCAAGAACAACAGCAUCGACUACUUGGAGCUGCGCCUGUGGAUCGGCAUCCACUCCUGCCUGCAGUGUUUGAUUCUGGUGGCGACCGACGCCAGUUACAUCAUCAAGUACAUGACGCGCUUCACGGAGGAAGGCUUCUCCAGCCUCAUCUCCUUCAUCUUCAUCUCAGACGCCAUCAAGAAGAUGGUGGGCUCCUUCAAAUACUACCCCAUCAACACCGACUUCAAGCCCGACUACAUCACCGCCUACAAGUGCGAGUGCCUUGCCCCAGACCCGGUGGCUGCAAUGAUCUUUGGCGGUUUAGUCCCAAUGCCAGAUAACAGCUCUAGUGUCUCUGGGUUGAAUGUGACAGCUCUCGACUGGAGCCAGCUGAGUAAGAAGGAGUGUCUGACGUACGGAGGCUCUCUGGUGGGGAAGUCCUGCAAAUACGUCCCUGAUCUGGCCCUCAUGUCCUUCAUCCUGUUCUUUGGCACCUACUCCAUGACCGUGUCGCUCAAGAAGUUCAAGUUCAGCCGCUACUUCCCCACCAAGCUGAGGAAACUCAUCAGUGACUUCUCCAUCUUCAUGUCCAUAAUGACGUUCGUGGGGCUCGACAUGUUGAUCGGACUCAAAACUCCCAAACUGAUCGUUCCAACAGAAUUUAAGCCAACUCGAUCUGACCGAGGCUGGUUGGUGAUGCCAUUUGGAAAGAACCCGUGGUGGGUGUAUGUGGCCAGCUUUGUCCCCGCGCUCCUCGUCACCAUCCUCAUCUUCAUGGACCAGCAGAUCAGCGCCGUCAUCGUCAAUCGCAAGGAGAACAAACUUAAGAAAGGCUGUGGCUACCACCUGGAUCUGUUCUGGGUCGGGAUCCUGAUGGUCACGUGCUCGCUCAUGGGUCUGCCCUGGUACGUCGCCGCCACCGUCAUCUCCAUCGCUCACAUCGACUCUCUGAAGAUGGAGAGCGAGUCGAGCGCUCCGGGAGAGCAGCCGCAGUUCCUCGGUGUCAGAGAACAAAGAGUGACGGGGAUUUUGGUCUUUGUUCUCACCGGAGUCUCCAUCUUCCUCGCACCAGUACUUAAGUUCAUCCCCAUGCCUGUGCUGUAUGGCGUCUUCCUCUACAUGGGUGUGGCCUCGCUCAGUGGAAUCCAGUUCUGGGACAGGAUAAAGUUGUACAUGAUGCCAUCGAAGCACCAGCCAGACUUUUCGUACCUCCGCCAUGUUCCUCUGAGGAGAGUCCACCUGUUCACGCUGAUUCAGAUCACCUGUCUGGCUGUGCUCUGGAUCCUCAAAUCCACCUUCUUGGCCAUCAUCUUCCCUGUGAUGAUCCUGGGUCUGAUGGUGGUCAGGAAGAUGCUGGACAUGGUCUUCUCCCAGCAUGACCUGGCCUGGGUGGACGACCUCCUGCCUGAGAAAGAGAAGAAGAAGGCGGAGGAGGAUAAGAAGAAGGGGAAGGAGAAGGACAGGGAGAGGGAGAAGAAGAAGCCCAAACCAGAUGACAGUGAGGAAGAGGACAAGUAUCACGCCUACUCCAACCACUCGCCCAGUUCAGAGUCUGAUCUGGAUCGCAGCAUCACCCUCCACCUGAAGAUCUCCUGCCCGUCCUCUCCGGCCGUGCCCAUGGGCAGAGGGGUGGCCUGUCCUGUGCCCCAGGUCAAGAUCGAGAUGGAGUCGGACUACGACUCGGACACGGACCCCCAUCGGCCGCGGGACAUGAGCAGCGAGACCACGCUGUGAAGCUCAGUCUCUGUGUCCCUGUGGGACACUUUGUGGGACAGACACGGCGGACCCUCAGACUCUGUCAGAGCGAGCACUGAUCAGACGGACUGAAAAAGACAAGCUUUUAAUCACAUCUGAGUUUCUUUAUUUAUUUACUUGUAUAAUGUAAAGAUUGUUCCACUGAAAGAAAGGAGAAACACUUAUAGAAUAUUAUUGAUGUGAAAAAUGUAUAUUAUACGGUUAUUACUGUACAGUAACCAGAUGGUAAUAAUCUUUCAAUAUAGAGGCAAUAUUAUGUAAUACUGUCUUAUUUUUGGUAAUACAGUGAUGAUAGUGUAGCAAUAAAGAGAUAAAAUGUAAAUAAUGUGAUAUUAGAAUAACUUCGCUUCCACCAUAAUUCCCUUCACGCCUUGUUAUUACCAAUCUAUUACUACAGAAAUAAGAUGGUGUUAUAAAAUGACUUUAUUACCAUAUUGUUACUGUGCUGCGGUGUAAACCAACAUGAAGUCUGAAUAUUAGUCUUUUCAUAUUUGUGUUCUUGUGUGUUUGAAUUCCUCUGAUCCCCCGUGUUCACACUGCACCGCCGGCACAUUUUAGCCAGAAGAAAAAGAAACAACCAAAAAAAAUGUUGUGAUGAUUCUGUGAAGGUUCUGUAACGCACAUGGUUCACGUUCAUGUCUGUGGUUUUAGACUCUGAAACAGGGUUCCCACGGGUCCUUGAAAUCCUUGAAAGGUUCUAAAAAUCAAUCAAUACAAGAAAGAAGUGAAGUUGAUAUUUAGUUUUACUGUUUCAUGCCCUGCAUUGCUUGAUGUAUGGAGACGAGGCCUGCGCAGGACAAACAUGGAGUCAUGUGGACACUGUCCACUCUGUCUCUCUCUCCGCUGUUGACGAGCGAGUGACGACGUGAUGCCUGGGAAAUGGAAAUA